AUGUUGAGCUUGUCAACGGAAACGUGUGAAGUCAGAUCUACUUGCUCAAUGAUUCCAGACGAGGUCUUGUGCCGUCAAUUGGAGCGACCGGCAGAACGUGGCAGCUGCCGUCAGACACACUUCAAGAUGAAGUUCUUCGCCAUCACCUCCGUUCUUGCCCUUGCUGCCGGUCUCGGCGCCGCUUGCGACAUCCCUCAGUCGACCAACUGCGGCGGCAACGUAUACUCCUACGAUGACAUGAACACUGCCAUUCAGGCUGGUCUUCAAGAUGCGCAGAGUGGAGACAGGCCCGACAACUACCCUCACGCAUACAGAGACGAGCCCUCGGAGGGCAUUGAACUGUGCUGCGGGUCGGACUACUCUACUGAAGACAACUACGUCUCUCCUGGCCCCGACCGUGUCAUCUACCAGACCAACACGGGCGAGUUCUGUGCCACCGUCACGUACGUAUGCGCCUGCCAGCGAACCUCUUCAUCUGCCGAAACAGCCACUGACACUCGCUUCAUUGCGUCUGACACCUCUUUGAUAUCACUUGCAGCCACACUGGUGCGGCCAGCUACGAUGGCUUCACCCAAUGCUCGUAAGCCACAACUAGAUCCGGCAACGAUGGCGCACGCUUCCAACGGCAGCGUCACAUCUGGCGACGACGGUAAGUCUUUGGCUCUCGAAUCUCUUCCUUCCCCACCCUCGCUCCUACAUGACCCCAAGCGGUCCGAUCGGACCAAGCCUGACGCUGCGGCCCAGAAACGGGAUUAG